AGGGCUAUCCGUUAGAUGGAGCCGCCAGUGCACGGAAAGGGCUAUCAACGAGAUGUAGCUUCCCCCGAUGAGAUUGAUGAGAUAUGACAUGAUUUCGGGUGGAGAGGGCUAUCCGUUAGAUGGAGCCGCCUCUUGGAUAAGAUAAUCCUUAAGAGGAAAGGGCUAUCAACGAGAUGUAGCUUCCCCCGAUGACACGAUGUGACUUGAGAAAGGAAAGGGCUAUCCGUUAGAUGGAGCCGCCCCUAGGGGAAAGGCCACCCCGUAGGAGGAAAGGGCUAUCAACGAGAUGGAGCCGCCUUAUGAUUAUGGUUCUCUCAUGUGUGUUCCCUAUUGUAUUUGGAUUAUCGGAUUUUGAGUGAUUUUAUAAAUUGAAAAUGCUUUAACCGCAUUAUGAUUCUUUAAGUUUGCUCUAUGUCAAAGUGACAUUGAUUUGAGUUAGUAAAGCAUGAAGCUUUUACCAUGCCAUAUAUGUUUUAUGAAAGUGAUUUGAGUUACUUGACUUGAUCAAAUGUCAUAUUUAUCCUGAGUUUUAAAGAGAAAAUCGUGCCUAUGAUGUUUCCCUUCUAGUUCAUGGUGGUUUAUAGGCCCUCACUAAGUCUUUGUGACUUACCCCCUCCUUAUUUCCAUUUCAGAUUCACAGGUAGCUGAGUAGGAGGUUGCUUCAGUUGCAGCUUGUACAGUUACUUCUUUUUGGUGAGGAUGCCACCCAGGAUGAGGAUUCCUGCUAGAAGGGGAAAUUCUGAUGAGUCCGCUACCCAACCCCAAGACCCUCCUCCAAGGGGUCGUGGUCGGCGUCGUGGUCGAGUUAGAGGGAGAGCUGGAGGAAGAGAUGCGCCGGCUGGGCGUGGAUUGGCUGAUGAGGUAGCCAAUGAUCAGGUUCCAAGGGCAAGGAGAAGGAAUCCAGGGGUUGCAGAGCUUGCAGCUACUAUGCAAGUGUUUCAGCAAUCUGUGCAACAACUUGUAGGAGUUUUGGGUGGGCAACAACAACAGGGGAACCCAACUCCUAUAGCUAAUGAUCCGCAACAAGGAGAAAGACAGGGACAACAACAACUAGCAGCUACCCUUGGUGAGAUUACUGUCUCAUUGGCAGACUUCAUGAAGCUCAAACCGCCUACUUUUUCUGGGUUACCGAGUGAGGACCCACAGAGGUUCAUUGAUGCUUUGGAGAGACUAUGGAGAGCCUUGGGAUGCUCAUCUGUCAGGGCUGUAGACUUGGCAUUAUUCCAGUUGGAGGGUAUAGCACACGAUUGGUAUGAUACCUUGAUUCAUUCGAGGCCAGUGGGAUCGCCUCCAUUAGACUGGGGUUCUUUUUCACAGCACUUUAUGAGCCGUUUCCUUCCAGAGAGUGUCAGGGAUGGUUUAGUCCAUGAGUUUGAGAGACUGGAGCAGACGGAGGGUAUGACUGUAUCAGAGUAUAGUGCUCGUUUUACCCAGCUCUCUAGACAUGUUCCUUAUCCUCUCACAGAGGAUAUGCGUGUCAAGAGGUUCAUCAGAGGCUUGCGGGAGUAUUUGUAUAGAUCUGUGGUUGGGUCUAAUUGUUCCACUUUUACAGAGGCUUUGAGUUUAGCACUUCAGAUUGAGCAGCGACAGAAGGAGAAAAACAGUGGUACUCGAGACUCUCGCAAAAAGCAGCGACUAGAGGCGUCACAGAGUAGCCAGCCGAGUCAUGGCAGUGGAUAUGGUGGCAAGCCGAGGUCAGUGGUUCCAGGGAGUGUAUCUAGUGGUCGGUCUUCAGGCUCUGUACAGAGUCAUAGAUCACGUUCUGGAGGGCCUUCCCGACCUAGUUUUUCUCAGAGGCAUGGUGAUGUGAGAUCUAUUCCUUGUCCUACUUGCGGGAGGUUUCACUCUGGAGCUUGCUUGGGAGAUAGUAGAGCGUGCUAUCAGUGUGGCCAAACCGGUCAUAUUAGGAGGGAUUGUCCUUUGACUGUGGCACAUCCCUCCUCUAGUCAUGCAUCAGCACCAGGUGGAGCGGCUUUAGCAUCUUCUCAUACUUCUGCAACAUCUGUGAGACCGUCCGGGAGUGCUUCAGGUCGAGGUUCUGGAGUAUCUCAGCAGGGUGGCAGAGGUACUGGUGGCAGAGGUCAGGGACAGGCUGGGAGAGGUCAGGCACGUGUGUUUGCUUUGACUCGCCAGGAUGCUCAGGCAUCCAAUGCAGUGGUUACAGGUACACUUUCUGUAUGUUCUCAGGAUGCUCGUGUUUUAUUUGAUCCUGGAGCUACACACUUUUUUGUAUCAGUGUGGUUUGCUUCUCAAAUUGGUAAAUGUUCUUGUCCUUUAAAGGAUACAUUGGUUGUGGCUACCCCUCUUGGGGAGAAUCUUUUAGCUGAUUCUAUUUAUCCUUCUUGUGAGGUAUUCGUUGAGGAUAGAAAAUUGUUAGCAGACUUAAUAACUCUAGACAUGGUUGACUUUGAUGUAAUCUUGGGUAUGGAUUGGUUGGCCUCUCAUUAUGCUACUGUGGAUUGUCGUAACAAAGUAGUGAGGUUUGAUAUGCCUGGAGAGCCUUCUUUUUCAUUCCAGGGUGAACGGUGUUUGACACCGUAUAAUCUAAUUUCAGCAUUAGGAGCCUUUCGGUUGCUAAGGAAGGGUUGUCAAGGAUACUUAGCUUUGGUAAAAGAUACUCAAGCAGUUGAAAAGAAACUUGAAGAAGUCCUGAUAGUGUGUGAAUUUCCAGAUGUAUUUCCUGAAGAACUUCCUGGUUUACCACCUGAUCGGGAGAUAGAAUUUUCUAUAGACUUGGUUCCUGGCACCCAACCAAUAUCUAUACCUCCUUAUCGGAUGGCACCAGCAGAGCUUAAGGAAUUAAGAGAGCAGUUGCAGGAUCUUCUUGAUAAGGGCUUUAUUCGCCCUAGUUCUUCUCCUUGGGGAGCACCUGUCUUGUUUGUGAAGAAGAAGGACGGGACCAUGCGGUUAUGUAUUGAUUACAGACAAUUGAAUAAGGUGACUAUAAAGAAUAAGUAUCCUUUACCUCGCAUAGAUGAUUUGUUUGAUCAGUUGCAGGGAGCUCAAUGUUUCUCAAAGAUUGACUUGCGAUCAGGGUAUCACCAGUUGAAGAUUAAGAAGGAAGAUGUUCCUAAAACGGCAUUUCGGACACGCUAUGGCCAUUAUGAGUUCUUGGUCAUGUCCUUUGGACUCACUAAUGCCCCUGCUGCUUUUAUGGAUUUGAUGAAUCGAGUCUUUAAACCCUUCUUGGAUCACUUUGUGAUUGUGUUUAUUGAUGAUAUUCUUGUGUAUUCUAAGGGUAAAGAAGAGCAUGAAGAACAUCUAAGGUUGGUUUUGCAGACUUUGAGGGAGAAACAGUUGUUUGCCAAAUUCUCUAAAUGUGAAUUUUGGCUAGAUACUGUUGCCUUUUUGGGGCAUGUUGUAUCCAAGGAUGGUAUAAGUGUUGAUCCUAGCAAAGUGGAAGCAGUGCAGAAUUGGCCCAGACCCACGACAGUGAAGGAGAUUCGAAGUUUUCUUGGCUUGGCAGGAUACUAUCGUCGCUUUGUAAAGGACUUCUCAAAGCUUGCGUCCCCUUUGACCAGGCUAACUCAAAAGAAAGUUGAAUUUCAAUGGUCUAACGCUUGUGAGAAAAGUUUUCAGAAAUUGAAAGAAUGUUUGACUUCAGCACCCGUCUUGGCUUUACCCUCAGGUGGUGGAGGCUAUGCAGUUUAUUGUGAUGCUUCUAGAGUGGGCUUUGGUUGUGUUCUUAUGCAGCAUGGCAAAGUCAUUGCCUAUGCUUCUAGGCAACUCAAAGGGCACGAGCAGAAUUAUCCCACACAUGAUUUAGAGAUGGCUGCAGUAGUUUUUGCUCUUAAAAUCUGGAGGCAUUAUCUUUAUGGUGAGACUUGUGAAAUUUUUACUGAUCAUAAGAGUCUUAAAUAUAUUUUUCAGCAGCGAGACUUGAAUUUGAGGCAAAGAAGGUGGAUGGAACUUCUAAAAGAUUAUGACUGUACCAUCUUGUAUCAUCCUGGCAAGGCGAAUGUGGUUGCCGAUGCUCUAAGUAGAAAAUCUAUGGGUAGUCUUGCUCACUUAGCGGAGGUUAAGAGACCCAUUGUUAAAGAAUUUCAAGAACUUGUUGACAGUGGAGUUCAAUUUGAACUUGCACAUUCUAACUCAUUGUUGGCUAAUGUGCAAAUUCGUUCUACCUUUGUUGAUGAUAUUAAACAGACUCAAAGUCAAGACCCAUAUAUGGUGAAGAUGGUGGAAGAUGUUCAAAAUGGCAAAGUUUCACAGUUUUCAAAAUGGCAAAGUUUCACAGUUUUCAGUAGAUUCUCAUCUCAUGUCAUCAUCAUCUCAUUCAGUUCAUUUUGA